AUGCCCCCUGUCUCCAUGGUCCUUCCUCCGCAACCCGCGGGACACCCGGAGGCCGAUGUUACCGAGAGCUUCAUACACAAGCUCCAGCUGAGCGUCUCCAGGGGCCUCCCCCACGCGGCGCCGGUUCCAUCCCGCAGGACGGAGGAGCACGAGCUGGUCAAAAGUGUCUUCCAGGUGCUCCAAGGUUUCGAGACGCUGUUGCUCUGCUGGGACAAGAAUGUUCCGGCAUACUGCGAGAAGGCGGGGACGUACGUGUCGCACCUGUCGCGGGCGAGCCUCGGGUCCGUGCUGAAGCCAUUUCUGUUCGCCGCGACGUGCUUGAAGAGAGUGGAGCUCUUCGUCGGGAGAGUCAGGUCGUGCGGUCACGGGACUCCGACGCUGAAUGCCUUUGCUAGCGCAGUCGAUUCCUGGCUUACGAGGCUCCGGGAAGCAGCUCUGAAGGAGGAAGAGGAGUUGUUUCUCUCGGUCGAUCGGACUGUGACUCUUCUGGGGUUGGCCGAUUCUUUGUCAAGUUUAUGUUCGGGAGCAGAACAUUUGUAUCAAGUUGUGCAUGGAGCCGUGCCAGAUGGCUUUUGGAUUUCUGGAGCAAACAUUGCAUCUAGUGAAGUGGCAGUCCAUGUUGUGAACCAUAUUUUUAACAAGUUAAACACAAUCUGUCUUGUGGAAGAUGGCCAGGGUGAGCCAUAUCACAUGCUGCUAGUGAUAUUUGCUGGUACCUUGUUACCUUAUCUUCAGUGCCUUGAUUCCUGGCUGUAUGAUGGUAUUCUUGAUGACCCUUAUGAAGAGAUGUUCUUCUAUGCAAAUAGUGCAGUUACGAUUGAUCAACCAGCCUUCUGGGAAAUGAGCUAUAUGCUCAAAGUAAGAGGAUCACAAUCGGACAACUCGUCAACUCUAACUGACAAUGAAUCUAUCAGGGCAAUUGAAUCAAGCAAGCAGGGACCAACUAAUACAGGAGCUUUCUUGAAAGCCAGUAAUCAAGGUCAUAUGGACAUAAUAUGUCCGGUCUUUUUGAAGGAUAUGGCAAGGGCCAUUGUAUCUGCUGGAAAAUCAUUUCAGCUUGUUCAGCAUGUUCAAAGCACACACCAUGUUCGAACCAAUGAUGGCACAAAUGGUUUUGAUGUUGAUCAGUGUUCCAAUCAUGCUAGUCGACAGAAUCGGCCAGACAUAUUACUGUCUACAGCUCAGUUUGGACAUGAUGCUCGUGAAUUGGGACUCUUAACUUUGUCUGAGAUUUUCUUGAUAUGCUUAUCUGGUCUGUUAGAAAAUGGUGACCAUGUUUAUGAAGAUUUAAGAAAGCUGCGCACUUGUAGUGCUCCAGAUGUCAAGGCUUUUUUGGAACGUAAGGGUGACACACAAGGAACAGAGGAGGCCUGUUCAGAAAGUAGCUCCGAAAAGACUUGGUUGAAGCUCCUAAGAGAUGCUAUCGCAGGAAGAGAAUAUGAUGGUAUGCUGAAAACCUUGUCCAAAGAUGCUGUUACAAGGGAUCCUACACUCGUCCAUGGAUACCUGCAUGAUGCAUGUUCCAAUACAGUAGAAAGCCCCUUCAGUCCAUGUUGCUAUGAAAAUCCAGCCAUCACUGCUUGCGAAGAUGUACUGCGGAAGAAUCAAAACUCUUGGAGUGACUUGAAUAUCUCUAAAACUUUUGACCUUCCUCCUCUGAAUGAUGAUAACAUGCGGAGGGCUAUCUUUGGUGAUCGCCAAUCUGCUGGAACUAGCACCUGUGGUGAUACAGAACCUACACCAUCUUUUCCCAGACUAGACGGAACUGAUUUUAAAUUUGGUUUUCAGUUCGAUAAUUUGGAAUAUUCCCGCCAAGAAGAUGAUAGAAGGACCUUGGAGGAACUUUAUGCAUUUCCGACUCUUCUUCCAUGUGCAAAUGAAAAUGUCCCAUUGUCAGAGAUCUUACCUUUGCAGAAAGAUAGUACACUUGCGUCAAGAGUUCUGAAGUUUAUUCAGAGCAUGAAUUUGAAAGACCCUCUCCACCCAGUGGGUAUUAUCCAAGAAUGCCUUUCUAAAUGUAUAAAGAAGCAGGUGGAUCACAUUGGUAAGCAAAUCCUGUGCAAGCUAAUGGGCGAAUGGAGAUUGAUGGACGAACUGCUUGUAUUACGAGCUAUCUAUUUGCUAGGAUCAGGUGACAUGCUGCAGCAGUUUCUGAUAACAAUUUUUGAUAAGCUUGAUAAAGGAAGUUCCUGGGAUGAUGACUUUGAGUUGAAUACUUUGUUGCAGGAAUCCAUAAGAUAUUCAGCUGAUAAAAUGCUCCUAACUGCUCCAGAUUCAUUGGUUGUUUCACUAGCAAAGCAUGACCCGCGACAUGAUGAGGAAAGUGCAUCGAACUCCAGAAAAGGUCGUGCACAGGGUUUUGGCAUUGAUGCACUUGAUGUGCUUAACUUCACGUAUAAGGUGUCUUGGCCUCUUGAUCUGAUUGCCAAUACAGAGUCUCUGAAGAAGUACAAUAAGGUGAUGGGAUUCUUACUGAAGGUCAAGCGUGCAAAGUUUGUUCUGGACGAAACCCGAAAGUGGAUGUGGAAGGGCAGAGGCAGCACGGCACAUAAUUUUAAACAGCAUUUGAUAGUAGGGCAGAAGCUCCUCCAUUUCGUUGAUGCAUUUCAUCAAUAUGUCAUGGACCGAGUGUAUCAUAGUGCAUGGACUGAGCUCUGCAACGGCAUGGCAUCUGCCACUACGCUGGACGAAGUCAUGGAAGUUCAUGAAUCAUAUCUUUCUUCUAUUCAGAGACAAUGUUUUGUGGCCUCGGAUAAACUGUGGGCCCUUAUCGCUAGCCGAGUCAAGACUAUACUAGGACUGGCGCUAGACUUCCACAACGUGGAGCAAACUCUCGGUACAGGAGGAACCGCUCCAGCUGUUAGGGCAAGAUGUGAGAUGGAGCUAGAUCGGAUCGAGAAGCAGUUCGAUGAGUGCGUUGUGUUCCUCUUGAGGAUCCUUUCUUUCAAGCUCAACGUGGGCCACUUUCCCCAUCUGGCGGAUCUGGUCACGAGGAUCAACUACAAUCACUAUUACAUGUCUGACACUGGAAGCUUCUCCGCGAUCCCUGGGUCCCGCCCGCGACAGCAGCCUUGAUAGGAUUGUAGGUGAUUUUUGUGUACAGUUGUGUGGAAUGUAUAUACCAGGGUUCAGUUGUACUAGUGACAGCAGUUCCGGAAUUCCUUAAGUUUUACAACACAAUUGUGAGGAUGCAACUUUCUUUUACCAAGUUGCAAUGUAGUAGUAUGUGUGAAUAUAUUUGGUUUUGAGUUGACAG